AGAGAGUCAAGUAUUAGUUGACUAUUCUGUCAUACGAUGUAUUCAAAGACUUUUAAAUGAUACUGCAUGACAUAAAAUCGGUUAUUUAUGGACGAACUUGUUUUUAAGUCUGUCAACGACAAGUGUGCGGUUCGCCUGUUCGAAACUGACUUCGUGAAUAUCAGGUCGGUUCCGACCGAUCUGCCCUUUCCACGAUACAAAAUCGUCUGCUGUUAUUGAAAUGAAAAUGAGGAUUCAUACCACGGCGUUCUAAUAAACUGGAGACCGAGAAGAACAUUAAACGUUUCGAGUCUCAAAAAGACCCGACGCAAAAAUCUAUAAACGGUUGUCGUUCCCUGCUAUAUCAGUCUUUUAUGUGUUGUCAUCCCUACGGAGGAAAUGUUUUUUUCGCAGUUCUUCGUGCACCAUGACCCCUACCAGGCCCCGACAUCUCAUACCUGACGUUAUGAACACUUAAGUGUCGAUUUAGAUGGGUAACGCCCUCAAUGGUCACCAACAAAUCAUAGAACGGAGCAAGCUCAUUAGAAGGGUAUUUCCGAAGAUACACUUUAUUUUGGAUGAGUGGCUGGGUUUGAUGGUCAUCAUGUGAUACCUCUGCGCUUUCAAGGUCCCAUGACAGCAGCCGAGAGUCAACUGUUUGAGUAGGGUGGCAGUUACUGAGAACUGGAAUGUUCGGUUCGUAGUCCAGAGCGGCAAAGGUUUGUGAGCGAAAUCAGGGAAGAUUAGACGAACUUAUUUGUUUGACACGAGAUAUCAAAACCAAACGCGAUGUCGACUAACAACGACAAAAUUGCGAUCUUCCCGUCACGUAUGGCCCUUACAUUGAUGAAAAGUCGUCUGAAGGGAGCUCAAAAAGGACACUCGCUAUUGAAGAAGAAGGCCGACGCCCUUCAGAUUAGGUUCCGAACGAUCCUGAAGAAAAUCGUUGAAACAAAGGAGCUGAUGGGUGAAAUGAUGAAAGAGGCUGCUUUCUCUUUAACGGAAGCUAAAUUUGUCACUGGCGAAUUUAAGCAGGAGGUGCUUCAAAAAAUCACUAAGGCACAACUGAAAGUUCGUGACAAAAAGGACAACGUUGCCGGAGUAAAUAUUCCAGUAUUCGAACUAUAUCAGGACGGCAAAGACGCUAACGAACAUAUCGGACUCGGACGUGGAGGUCAGAAACUGACUUCUAUGAAACAGUACUAUGCUAAGGCGGUUGAGCUGCUUGUUAAUCUCGCUUCUCUGCAGACCUCGUUCAUUGUGCUUGACGAAGCCAUUAAAAUUACCAACAGGAGAGUGAAUGCCAUCGAGCACGUCAUUAUCCCGAGGUUCGAGCGAACAAUUGCUUACAUUAAUUCAGAACUGGAUGAACGGGAGAGGGAAGAGUUCUUUCGUCUGAAGAAAAUUCAAGAAAAAAAAAAAGCAGCCAAGGAAAGACACGAGAAGCAGUUAGCCUUGUUGAAAGCACAGGGAUUCAAUGUGGACGAAGUGCCCAAUAUGCUUGAAGACGAACACGAUCAAGAUCUACUGUUCUGAAAAGGUGGAUGCAAUGGGGCAUAACGAAGACAUUUCGACGCUCCUCAGUUCGUCUCAGCGUUUCUUAGUUGGAACCUGCGAGUAUUACCAGUACUGAAGGUUGUUCGUACGAAGUCGAACGUGAAAAGGAUCGAAGAAACUUUGAAGAGCAGUGCGUGCGCACGUGAAUGGUUGAGUUGCUUCUAGCCUUAUUUAGUGUACUUAGGCUUUCUGAAUUAAGCCCGCGUAUGUGAAAUAUACGUUCAGUAUGUGAUUGUGAUAUAUCGUUAAGGUACAACGUAUUUCUGGUAAACGUUUAUCGACACAGAGCACACAAAAAAUACUGAUAUUGUUUUAGAAAACGGGCUUAAGGUAACGCCCGUGCACAUGUGCAAUACCAAAUGUAAUUAUGCUGGUAUAAGAAUUUAUGAUCUUUAUUCGUCUAUGGUAAUAAAAUUAUUAAAACAACCAAAUUUCCAAAUUAUAGAGGGAUCAACGUCAGGAGCCUGUCUAUAUGACAGAACAAGCUUCUCACGUUAUUUUUAACGACUCCAUUAUUUUUUCGCUCAAAACCAUAUCUCUUACUUGCACUUAGGCUCUCCCAUCGCAGCCUUUCGUAUCUAAGGGCUAUGAAAUUAUUUUCCGUUUAAUUCUAUUAUUGUUAGUGUUAUAAAUGUAAUGGCUAGAAUAAAAUGUUAGGAACUGGAUUCAUCAUUAUGCCGGACAGAAGAUUCAUGUCAAAGACAAAACGAUUAAAAGAGUAUAAUGCACGAUUGAUAAAUAAAGUAUUACUGUAGGCUUUUACUGACUUGACAAAAUAAAUGCAUACGCUGUUAUAUAUCUAUGUAGAAGUAUAAACCAA